AUGUCUGAGGCCGAUUACUAUCAGCUCAUUGGUGUUGGCCGGGAUGCCACUCUACAUGAGAUCAGGUCGAAGUUUCGUGCAAAGGUCCUUGCCGAACACCCAGACAAAGGUGGAGACCCGAAGAAGUUUCAGCUCCUCAACAAGGCAUACAAUGUCUUGACGGACCAGGAGAAGCGACGCCGGUAUGAUGCCACCGGCCGCGCAGAGAAGUCUGCCGAGGAGGAGUUUGUCGAGGGCUUUGCGGGCGGCAGACAUCACUUCGAACCCCGCAGCAAGGAGGCCGAUGAGAAGGCCAUCGUGAGUUUGAAGGACAGAAUCAUCACGGGAAACCAGACACACGAGGAGGGCUUCGCCGAGUGGCUCCGGCAAAGGGAUCAGCAGGCGAUGGUCCUGACAGACAAAGACUUCAUGAAGACGCACCUCUUCAAUGCUUCCGAGCUUGCGACGAAGAUCAACCACCCUGGGCCCGUGCAGCAUGUCCUGGGUUCCCCCAAGACCGAUGCUUACGGCCAGUUCAUGGGCGGUGCCGUGCAGGUGCAAGUGAAGCCGAGGCCUCUGAAAAAGACCAUCGACCAUGAUGAGGUGCUGGUCCGAAUGCUUGCCGUGCCAGUGGACGACUCGAUGGUUUAUGCGGACCUGAAGAAGACUGGCGUUUGCCUGGGAAUGACCGGAGUGGGGAGAGUUGAGCAGGCAGGAACACGGGUGGAGGAUCUGAAGCCAGAGGAUGCAGUUCUGGUUCUUCCAAAGCCAACGAAGUUCUCCUCUGCACAUCCGAUUGGAACGGGGCGAACUCUGCUUACGUGCAGUGAGGAUGACUUGCUGCGUAUUCCCUCGGAAAUUCUUGAGCAGCUGACGCCUGAGCAGAUCUGCCUUACUCCAACGAUUGUCUGCGCAUACACAGUGCUUGAGCAGUUCGGCUCCAAGCUGAAGCCGGGAGACUCGGUAUUGAUCAACGCUGCUCACCUCUCUGCAUCUGGGUCGGCUUUGCUGCAGCUCUGUAAGCUGCUGAAGCUCAAGCCACUCUGCAUGCUGCCUCUUCCCGGUUCCCCGAAGAAUCUCGCGAAGGGUGAGUACGGAUCCAAAGCAGCCUGGGCAGAGGUUGACAACAGAGCGUCUGCAACCCCAACAGUGCGUGCCCAGUAUGAGCGCAUCAGCGAGCAACUGGUCACCAUGGGGGCUGAGGAGGUCUUCCCCGACGCCGUGGCGCUGCUGCGCUGGAGGGACCGAAAUCAGCGCAUGCUGCCGAAGCUUGCUUUGGAUGGCAUCGCUACGCGAGACUCCUGCGAGCAGCUGAUCCACUGCCUGCAAUCCGGUGACAAGGAUGCCCAGAUUGUUGUGUAUGGCCACGGGAUUGCUCAACCACUGGAAAUUUCACCGCCUUUGCUUGCCGCAUGGGGUGGUCGCAUUGUUGGCUUCAACAUUUCUCGCUGGGUGCAUUCCCUGUCUGCCAAUGCCAAGAAGAUGAUGGCAGUCAUGGAAAACGUCACAAAGCUUGUUCGGGCCAACAAGUUCGUCCUGGACACCGUCGUGUACAAAGUCGGUGAGGAUGCAUGCAGCGAGGCUUUCUCGCGGGCAGCUGAUGCGAGCGACAACACCCAGGUGGUGCUGGUCUUCCCCACCCUGCAGGAGGAGAUGACCCUGUCCGCUCAAGAGCAGAGGGCGGAAAAGGAGAAGCAAGCUAAGGCCAAGGAAGAGGAAGCUGCAAAGAAGAAGGAGGAGGAGGAGCGCGACAGGCUGAAAGCCGACUGGCUCAAUCUCCUCUUCACAGACCAGAGUGUUGCGGCCAUGAGCCCAGAGGGUCCUCUGCCAACAGCGCACGAGGGUGGCAACCUCGACAGUCCGAAUGCACUGGUGAUCUGGAUUGGGGAUGACCCCGCGAACGAAGCAGCUGCUGUAAGGGAUGUCGCCUCACAAGUUGGCAGCGCUGCCUUCGUUUCUCUCGCCUGGGCACAGCAUCCGGCCGCGGAGGCCUACGCUGAGUUCUCCCUGAAGCAGCCGGAAGUGGUGGAUGGCUCCUUCUUCCUUCGGGACCGUCAGGCAUUCGAGAACCAGGAUUUGGACCUUCUGCAUGACGUGGAGCUCUUGGGGCGCUCCCUUGCAGAGUCGAUCGAAACCAAGCUGGGCGAGUUUGGCUUGGGUUGGGACAAGGUGGUGAUCAUGGGCUUCGGCAAGGGAGCCGGCAUCGCGCUGUAUGCAUCCCUCCUGAAUGUCUUCCCGCAGCAGGCCUUGCGACAGACAACAACCGGCAAAAUGAAGGCGUUCGCUGUGUGGGGCAAUCGCAACAGGUCCACGCCUGGCACAUACCGCCAGCUGCUGGCACAGACGAUGCGCAAGGCGAAGGACGUUCAUUUCACGCCGGGGGCCCUUGAGGGCCCUCGAGGCUGCCCGGGCAGCGCCAAUGCCUGGCGAAUUCGUGCCGAGUCAUGGCGAGUGAGCCAUACGCGUGUUAGGAAAUGUGAUAAGGCCCACGAACUAAGGCCAGAUACCUUGCCGGACGGCGACCACUCCUUCGACCUCAAGAGUGGCUUGCUUCAUCCGGGCUGCUCUCGUAGGUUGCUCGGAGUCUUCGACUUCUUUGAUUCCUCUUUUCCCUUCGAGGUAGCAGGCUACUUUUUGAGCCUUUGCGCAGUGGACACCCCGCCGGUGACAGCCAGCACAGUCAGACGUCUGCAUGGGCCGUCCUCAGGCCUUCAAGAUGUCUCCAAGCAGAAUGGAGCUGGCGAGUCCGUGCUAUCUUGGCAAAGUGCAGGCUGCAAACAUUGCAGACGAGCUCUUGCCGUAACGAGGGCCAGACGAGUCAGCUCUGGCUACGCUCCAAGGACCUCCCCGAAGCUGCCGGUGUCCUCGUCGACGUCACGCGCUGAGCGAUAUGGAGUCGGGCCGGCCGACCUGGUGGAACGUCCAACGGUCAUGGCAGGGCUGGAGGAUGGUCAGGAGGAGGGUGCGGAGGGUGUCUGGGCACCAGCUGGUGACAGAAACCCUCCUACGCUCAAGGACUUGAAGCGCCUCGAGGCCUUUUCAGCUGUGCGUCUUCAGGUGCAGACGAGUUCCGGGUGCAUGGUUUUUGCAGAGGUUUCCUCAAGCCCUACGAGUGGAAGGGCCGAAGCCAGCAAGGCUGGAAAACGAGCCAGGGAUCAGGGCAAGGAGGAACCAUGGGCGCCCAUGGUAAGGCUCCAGGCUCCACAUCUCAGCCAGGAAUCUGACCGCCGGUGGGCCAAAGUUGCCAACGCCAGCACGGAGCCUCUGCGAGGUCAAUCGCCACGUUUCAAUGCAGGUGCUGACAACUGCAAAGUGGUCCUAGAGUUGCUGGCCACAAGCCCGAGUGAUCUUCGUGGCUAUUGGGUUUUUGCAGCAGGACUCUUUGCUUUGGUGGUGGCCCCGAGGGACUGUGUGGCAUCGCGCUUCUGCAUUUCAGACAAAGCGCUGGAAUCACUUUGCGGCAAGACAGCGAAGGUGGAGCAAGAGUUUAUUUGUGAUGCAGUGGCAGGGAAGGUUGAGGAAUCCGGCUCCCUCACGGUUCUGUACAGAGCCUGGGCUCCGGAGGCAGCGGGAUCCUGCUUCUACGACCCGGCUACAGGAGCCGGCGGACGGAUCGAGGUUUUUGAGGAGGACCAGCUGGUGGUUCAUCGCCGCGAAGAUGGAAGCGAGCUACGCUGGAAGAUACUCAAGAUGGAAGUGAACCCUUUUCCAGCAGCAGGCGCCAUGCAGGGUGAAUAUGAAGAUCUUCCAGAUGCAAAGCGGAACAGGCAGCAGAUGGAAGCCGGCAAGGCUGAGCAAAAUGCGAGGAGAAAAGACUUCAAGACCACCCGACCAACUGAUCAGGACACCUCGCAUUCAUCGCGAUCGCGAUCGAGACAGGAAGAAAAAGAGAAGCGUAAAGCCAAGGCAAAAAAGGAAAAACACGUUGACAAGGAGCAAGCAAAAGCGAGCAAAGCAAAGGAGAAAGACAAACAAAAGGACAAGGGGAGUACUCGGAGUACUCAUGAUCGGGAGUCCGUGAUCGAGGAGCAGGCAAAAGAGCGCGAAAGGCAGCGCGCGAAGGAUCGACGGGAGAGGCCAAAGGAGCCGCCCAACGACCGAGACCGGGACUGGGAGCGGCAACGAGCUCGAGAGAGACAGAAGGCGCGGGAACGAAUGGACAGCGAAAGAGACAGGAGCAAGGAAAGAGACCGGGAGAAAGAGCGGAAAGAUCGAGAUGGUCGAGAUCGCAAAGAGAAGGGCAAGUCGCCAGAACCUUCACGGGAGCGUGAGAAGCCCAGGAGGCAGUUGGAGAGGAGCCACGCGUUCGACAAGCAAGCUACUCCUUCGAACCCGUCGAUGCCUGGUGCUGGUCUGGGAGCCGCAGGGCAAUCUGCGACUCUGCCCGCAAGCUCUGCGGCCCUACUGGCUGCUGUCUACCAGGCCCGCCUGGAGCCGAGCCCACCAAAUCCCGAGGUAGAGCACUUCCUGUCGCUCAACACGGUGGAGUCGCACGCCGCUGCGAAGCUCCGCUCACUUCCGCGUGCUUUGCAACGGUCGGUACUCGAGCGGGGCUCGCUGAUGGGAGCACGUGAUCCGUCCGCAGUGCUCAUCUCUCGCGUCCGUGAUGCCAUGAUGUCGACAGCCCAUACAAUGCCAUCGAUGCCCAUCGUGACCAUGACGUUGCCGAAUGGACAGCAGGUGCACCCCGGCGUGGAGGCGCUGAUCCUGCGCUACGGCCUAGAUGCACAGUGCGCGCAGCAACUGCGCCAGCUGCCUCUGCAGCUUCAGGCUGUGGCAGCCGAGUUACCAGUUCACGAGGCACGGAAUCCAUCCGCCUUCGUCAUGGCCCAACUACAGCUGCCACGAUUUAAGCAAGCCGCCAAAGCAGCGAUGCAAGCGGGGCUCUGA